CCGCCGUGUCCUCGCGCCCGGCCGGCUCAGGUCCGGGGUGUCCGCGCGCCGCUGCCCCGCUCCCAUUGGCCUCUGGCCGCGCGCCGCUGCUGACCGAAGCUUGCCAUGGCUCAUCUUCUCCUGAGAUAGCCUGAGUUACAGAGACCACGCUCCUGAGGCCGGAGGGAAUGACAUGCUACAGCAAGCCAUAUAUUGAGGCCUGGGAAAUGGUACUGCACCCGCCUGGCCUGCGUCUGGAACGGUCGUCCCCGGAGCAGCACCAGCUGGGAGCAAGGGCUGAGCAGUGACUUUCCCCUCGGACCAGAUCCAAUCUGUUGCCUCCCGAUAAAAGGCUGCAGGCUCCUGGGGAGCGAGGAUGGCAGCAUGGGACGAGCAGGCAGAAAGUCCUAACGCUGGCUCUGGCAAGCCCUUGCCUUUCCAUUCUGCCCUGGCUGCACCCAGCAAUGGCUGAGGGGCCGGUCUCACACCGGAGAUGAGUGGACCUUUCCCCCUGGAAGUAGGGUUUAGCGCUGACUUUGGACUAUGACAUCCUAUCGACCCAUUCCACAUGCAAGUGUGGAUGUUGGCGGACCAGCGCUGAAGGGGAGUGACGGUCUGGCUGGCACGCGGGGGGAUUACUUCUCGCCAGGCUUCUGGGCGCAGAAUGGUGGCACCUCGCAGCCAGCUGGGGACAGUCUGCCUGGGCCGCGGCCCACCGCCACCACGCCUGCCAUGCCAAAGAUGGGCGUGCGCGCCAGGAUUGCCGACUGGCCCCCAAAGAGAGAGACACUGAAGGAUCCGGCCGCUCCAAGCCCCACGAGGGACAUGGAAGCUUCGACGGGCAUCAGCAGGACUUUUCUUUCACCCAAGGGCUUUCAGAAUGGGCAGCAGCCGCCUCCCACCAGCCUGGGCUCCUCAGGGCUCAGGGGCUUGCACCGGCUCUCCAGGAGGAGAUCCAAGGACGUGGAGUUCCAGGAGGGUUGGCCCCGAUCGCCUGGCAGGGCUUUCGUCCCGCUGCGCAACAGGAGUAACAGCGAGAUCACCCUCGGCGAGUGUGAUUUGGAAGAGGCCCUCGAGCCCCGUGGGGCCAAGCUGGGGAGCGGCCUGCCCCUCUUCCGCGAGUACGGCAGCACCUCCUCCAUCGACGUGCAGGGCGUCUCGGAACAGAGCUUGUUCGACAUGCUCAGUGAGCUCCGCGGCCAGAAGCCGGCCCAGCGACGCCUGCCGCCCGAGAAGCCGAGCGACCUGCUGCUGGCCAACACCAGCACAGCCUCCAGCCUGCAAGCGGCUGGCAGCGCCCAGGCGGACGUGAGGAACGGCCUGGGGCUCCCCCCUGAGGACUCCCCCACUCCUCCGAAGGAGAAGCCCCGCAAGAAGGGCCCCAAGGGGGAGGCAGGAGGCGACUCCAUCUUCAAGAAGCUGCGGAGCAGCCGGAGCGAUGGGGAGCCCGGGCGGGCCUUGGCGGAGCCGGAGGAGGGUGGCAAGGCCUGGGUCUGCCAGAAGAGCUUCGCUCACUACGACGUGCAGAGCCUGCUCUUCAACCUCAGCCAGGUGGCAGCCACCCGAGUGGUGGUGGCGCAGCGGCGGAAUACCACGACGGGCGCCUCAGCCGCCUCUGCCGUCUCGGCUGCCCUCUCCCGGGCCUACGGCCUGGGGGAGCUGGACCCGGCCUUCGCCAGCACCGAAGACCUCAACGACAAGGAGAGCCUGGAGCACGACCUCGGGGAUAACAACAGCAACGACCUGCUGCUCAGCUGCCCCCACUUCCGCAACGAGGUGGGCGGCAUGUGCGAGCGCACCGUCAGCUUCUCCAGGGCGUCGGCUGGCUCCCCCGGCGGGGCUGCGGGCGAGGGGGGCUUCCUGGAGCCCUCCCUCAACGCCUACUGCACCAAUGCCAGCAUCUCCGUGCUGGAGGUCCCCAGGGAGCUGCAGAGGAGCCCCAGCAGGCUCGCACGCUACAACGUGGAGCACGUCGACCUGGGGGCCCGCUACUACCAGCUCUAUUUCCAUGGCAAAGAGCAUUCCAACUACUUUGGCGUGGAUGAGAAGCUAGGACCAGUGGCUGUGAGCAUCAGGAGAGAGAAGUUGGAGGAUCAUAAAGACCACGGGCCCCAGUACCAGUACAGGAUUAUCUUCCGGACCAGCGAGCUCGUGACCCUGCGAGGCUCCAUCCUGGAGGACGCGACUCCCACCACCACCAAGCAUGGGACGGUGCGUGGCCUCCCCCUGAAGGACGUGCUGGAGUAUGUGGUCCCCGAGCUGAACAUCCACUGUCUGCGGCUUGCCAUGAACACACCGAAAGUCACAGAGCAGCUCCUGAAACUCGACGAGCAGGGGCUCUGCAGGAAGCACAAGGUGGGGAUCCUGUACUGCAAAGCACGCCAGAGCUCAGAGGAGGAGAUGUACAAUAAUGAGGAGGCCGGGCCAGCCUUCGAAGAGUUCCUCUCCCUCAUCGGGGAGAGGGUCUGUCUGAAAGCCUUCAGCAAGUACGCUGCCCAGUUGGACACAAAGACCGACUCCACCGGCACCCACUCUCUGUACACCACGUAUCAGGACUACGAGAUCAUGUUCCACGUCUCCACCAUGCUCCCCUACACACUCAACAACCGGCAGCAGCUACUCAGGAAGCGGCACAUAGGAAACGACAUAGUCACAAUCAUCUUCCAGGAGCCUGGAGCGUUGCCUUUCACCCCCCAGAAUAUCCGCUCACACUUCCAGCAUGUCUUUAUUAUUGUCAGAGUCCACAGCCCUUGCACUGAUAACGUUUGCUAUAGCGUGGCUGUGACCAGAUCCAAAGAUGCUCCCCCUUUUGGCCCCCCCAUCCCCAGCGGCGUCACCUUCCGCAAGUCUGACAUCUUUAGAGACUUCUUACUGGCCAAGGUGAUCAAUGCUGAGAAUGCCGCACACAAGUCUGACAAGUUCCACACCAUGGCGACGCGCACCAGGCAGGAGUACCUGAAGGACCUGGCAGAGAACUGCGUCACUAACACGCCCAUCGACUCCACGGGGAAAUUCAACUUGAUCUCCCUGACUUCCAAGAAGAAGGAGAAGAUGAAGGCGCGUGUGGGGGCGGAGCAGUACAGUAGCGGGGCCAUCGCCUGGCGCGUCUCAGCCCAGGACUUUGCUCAGGGGGUGGAGAUCGAGUGCAUCUUGGCCAUCUCCAACGAGUUCAUCGUCCUGCUGGACCUCGCCACCAAGGAGGUGGUGUUCAACUGCUUCUGCAGGGAUGUGAUCGGCUGGACUCCUGACCCCAGCACCCUCCGGAUCUUCUACGGCAGAGGGGACCAUGUCUCCAUCCAGGCCGCGGACAGCAGCCCUGAGGACAUCAAGGAGAUAGUGCAGCGACUCAAGGUCAUGACCUCGGGCUGCGAGACAGUCGACAUGACCCUCAGGAGGAACGGACUGGGCCAGCUCGGCUUCCACGUGAAGUAUGACGGGACGGUGGCCGAGGUGGAGGACUACGGGUUUGCGUGGCAGGCGGGGCUCCGGCAGGGCAGCCGGCUGGUGGAGAUCUGUAAAGUUGCCGUGGUGACGCUGUCCCACGACCAGAUGAUCGACUUGUUGCGGACCUCGGUCACAGUGAAAGUGGUCAUCAUCCCGCCCCACGAGGACGGCGUCCCUCGCAGGGGAUGGGCCGAGUCCUUCGAAAUGAGCAGCAUGGAGCACAAGGCAGAGCUGGAGAGCGUGCCCACGGGGCACCGCCCGCCGUACCGCAGCAACUCGGCAUGGCAGUGGAGCGGCCCUGCCUCGCACAACUCCUCGCAGGCAGCCAAAUGGGCAGACCCCCCGCCCCUCAGCCAUGCCCAGUCCCUCACAAGGCCCCCCAAACAGGCCUCCGUCGUCCCGUACCGCGAGCCACAGCCCUUGCCCAGCAAGAGGCCGGUUAGCUUCCCUGAGACGCCACAUGCCUCCACCGCCUCCUCCCCAGCAGGGGCAGAGAGAGCCCAGCCCUAUCGGCAGCCGUCAGGCAGCUUCUCAACUCCAGGCUCGGGAGGAACCGCUUACACCCGCUAUAAGCCAUCCCCAGAAAGAUAUGCAGCCUCUCAACGUCCUUUGCUGCCGUUGGAACAGCACUAUAGCCCCGAAGUGACCUCGAGCGGCGAUUCCUCAUCCGGGGGGCUCCCCAGUCAGGAGAGCACCAUGGAGAGACACAAGCCGGUGGUAUCCGGGGAGGCGCUGGGCUGGCACUUGACGUGCCUCAGGCUUGCUGGGCACAGGUGGUUUGGGGACCAGGUGGAGGUGCCAAUCUCUGCCUUGUGUACAGUGGGCCCCUUUGAGGUGUCUCAGAUUGGCCAGUCAGCCCUGAGUCAAGAGCCCCUGUGGCACGUGCCGGUGCAGUCCCGGCUCCCUGCUGCGACGGGGAGCAGCAUGACCAAGCGGCCCAGCAGACAGGAGCUGGCAGGAAAGGAUUCUCCCAACCGGCCUUCCAAAGGCGAGGCUCCGUACUCCAGCCACUCCAGCAGCAACACGCUGUCCAGCAACGCCUCCAGCAGCCACAGCGACGAGCGCUGGUUUGACACGCCCGACCCUGCCGAGGGGGAGCCAGACCCCGUCUCCAAGGGGGGCUCCAGCGACAGCGGCAUUGACACCACGCUCUACCCCAAGCCCCCCCGCCUGGGGCCACAGAGAGACCAGCUGCCCAAAGCCCUGCCGGGCUCUGCCCACUACGCCAGCCUGCACGAGACUGGGGGGCGGCCCGGGAACAAGAGGAGGGAGCCUUCUCCUGCUGUCAGCGUGGGCAGCCAGAGCCGAGGCUACUGGCCGAAGAUGUACGCAGCAGGGGCCAGUGUGGCCGGGCCUGCCGCAGCCCCCGACCAUGGCAGUGAGCUCUUCAAGCAGCCAAGUAAUUUCAGUUUGCGACAAGGCCGUCCGUCUCAGGGUUACAAAACGCCCGUGGCUGAGAAUCCCAGGCCCCCACACAUGUCCCAGUCCAGUUCCUUCCAGCUGUCUGCCUCUGUCCCCAAAUCCUUCUUUUCCAAACAGACCAGCAGGAGCAAGCCUGCAUCGGGGUGGAAGAGAGCCGAGGAGACCCCCACAAGACCUGUGGCCUUCAUAGACCCAAAGAAGCAAAUUGACGUGAACACCAAGAACGUCUUUGGGCAGCCCAGGCUGCGGGCGUCGCUCCGGGACCUGCGCUCCCCGCGCAAGAACUACAAGUCCACCAUUGAGGACGACCUGAAGAAGCUCAUCAUUAUGGACGGCUUGGGCCCGGAGCAGGAGAGAGCCAUGUCUCCGCAGAAGACUCUCCAGCGGACGUUAUCUGAUGAGAGCCUGUGCAGCGGGAGGAGAGACGCCAGCUACGCCAACGCCGCCUGCUUCGAACAGUCCCUGGCCAGCGACGUCCUCUUCACCAGCACCUAUCCCUCCAACACGCUGCCCAUCCGGCGGCAGCACCCGCAGCCGGGCAACGGGGGCCUCCCCGAGAAGAAAUCCACCAUCUCUGCCUCGGAGCUGUCACUGAGCGACGUACGGGACAAGCCCACGAGACGCCUCGACCCGGGGCUGAUGCCCCUGCCCGACACGGCAGCUGGCCUGGAAUGGUCCAGCCUGGUCAAUGCUGCGAAGGCCUAUGAAGUGCAGAGAGCCGUCUCCCUCUUCUCCCUCAACGACUCGGUGCUGAGCCCCGCCGCCCCGCCAGCGCACAGCCCGGGCCCCACGCCCCGCACCACGCCCACCAUGAGCGAGGAGCUGCCCCUGGACCUGACGGGGAAGGUGUGUCAGCUGGAGGCCAUGCUGAAGCAGCUACACAGUGACCUGCAGAAAGAGAAGCAGGACAAGGUGAUGCUGCAGGCAGAGGUGGCCAGUCUGCGUCAGAACAACCAGCGGCUGCAGGAGGAAUCGCAGACGGCCAACGAGCAGCUGCGCAAGUUCGCCGAGAUCUUCUCCAGCCCCGUGGAUAAGGAGCUGUGAGCUGCCCCUCUCGGGCGCCGGGUGCCAGGCACACCCAGCGCUCUACUGAGAUCUUCUCCAGCCCUGUGGAUAAGGAGCUGGGAGCUGCCCCUCUCGGGCGCCGGGUGCCAGGCACACCCAGCGCUCUACUGAGAUUUUCUCCAGCCCCGUGGAUAAGGAGCUGGGAGCUGCCCCUCUCGGGCGCCAGGUGCCAGGCACACCCAGCGCUCUACUGAGAUCUUCUCCAGCCCCGUGGAUAAGGAGCUGGGAGCUGCCCCUCUCGGGCGCCGGGUGCCAGGCACACCCAGCGCUCUACUGAGAUCUUCUCCAGCCCCGUGGAUAAGGAGCUGGGAGCUGCCCCUCUCGGGCGCCGGGUGCCAGGCACACCCAGCGCUGUACCCCCAGGCUGCCGGCUGGGUGGGGGCAACAGUGACCUGGGAGGCGCAGGGCACUGGGGAAGCUUCUGAUGUGCUGGAAGGGGCCUGUCCUUGGAAGGAGCAUUGCCGGCCCUUCCACGCCUGCACCAUGCCCCUGGCAAUAUGUGGCUAAACACGGGGAUUUGCUGCUCCGUCUCCCUCCACCCGGUGCUGUGUGUCAAGGCAGGGAUCCGUGUCUGUUCUCUGCCACGCCACCAGGAUGUUCUUGGGGCACCGGUGCCAGACGUUAAACCUCAUGCAAAGAGCGCUGCUGAGCACCGGGCCGGGACAGCGACUUCCUCACCCUGGAGGGGAUCUGACCCGUUGGGGGGCAGGGGAGAUCUUGGGGACACAUCGUCCAGGGCGACUAUCUCCUGGGCGUGAACCUUUACUAAUCUAGGAAAUAUCCCUGUGAAAUGACUUGAUUCCAGCCGUGGGCACUGGAAUAGCCCUUCUGCACUACGUUACACAGCCUGCAUCUUCUGGCCAGGUCCCCCAGCUGUCUGCCACGGACAUAGCACUAAGGGGCUGGACGGGGUCGGUCGCUGUCACGGCCGCUGGGAGGGGGGGGCAGGGUUUCGGGUGUAAAAUAAUUAUAAUGGGACGGGACCCAUACCUGGGAGAGAAUAUAAAAAUCACCCCUGCCUCUGGCGAGCACCCCUCAGCGCUAAGUUAUUUUCCAGAGAAGGCACUGCUGAGCGCGGGUCAGGCCCUGCAGGCGGCUUGCCAUGUAAAUGUUCUUUAUAAAACACUAUAUUUGUAUAAAGGAGACGCUUUGUAAGGCU